CAUUCAUAGUCAGUGGGGGCCAAGCCCAGGGUUCAGCAUGCCUGAGGAUAUGUGAGUGUCCCCCGUGCCCACCAGCUUGCUGUGCCAGUCUCUGUCCAACUCUCUUUCCCCCCCACAGCCUCACUGACAGUCGCCUCACCAGGAUGAAUGGGAUGGCCAACAUCAACGCCGCCGGCCGCAGCCACUACGCCUCUGCCAUCCCGGUGCCCCGUGCCACAGCCCAUGGCAAGCUGCACGUCAUGGCCCCUCCAAGCACCCUGGCAGGCCCUGUCCCUACUGGGGCUCUGUCCCCCCAGCCAGGCAGAGUGCUGGCCCCUGGACCCAAGACCCUCAAGCCCAAAGGCAGUGGCAGAGCCACCAGACGUGAGCCAGCCAGGAGCAGGGAGGGCAGCCCCAGCAUCCUGCCCUGCAGCGGGCAGAAAGCUCCAUUGAGACCCCUGGUGCCCUCCAAGAAGUGGCCAGAGGUAGUGGGCAGUGGGCAGAGAGGAGCAGGCAGGGUUGUGGAGCCUAUGGAGCUGCCCAAACCCACUCUGGCACAGGGCAAGAGUGGAGGGCGUCUAGGGGGGUCCCUCAGCAAGGGCAGUUUGGUGGCCACUGUGGAGACAGGGGAUGAGCCCCCUGGCAGCUUGCAGGGCCGAAGCUCCAUGUUUGGGUCAGGGACCAUCACCUUCUCCUCAGGCCCCCUGCACAGCCACCCUGUCACUGCCACCGUGGCACCUUUCCAGUACCGGCUGCAGGAGGACCAGGAGGAGACAGCCAUGUCCACAGGUGAUGAGGGCCCUGCUGCUGCAGAGGGAUCUGACCCCAAAGCUGGAUACUUGACAGCAACAGCAGCAGCAGCGCCCGGCGGGUUAAAUGGUUGCAGCGCGGGGAUGCUGGGGAGCAACCUCAAGAGUCUUCCCGACGUGGAGCUGGGCGAGGAGGAGCGCGGGUACCGGCGGGGCCCUGACGGCGGCACGGUGAUGCCGAAGCGGGCGAAGUCGGCGGCGGCGGCGGGGCCGCGGGGCGCGGAGCUGCGCGUCUUCAAGGCGAGCAGCGCGGAGGGGCGGCUGCCGGCCGGCACCAACCUGCGGAAGCAGAAGUCGCUCACCAACCUGGCCUUCCUCACCGACGCCGAGAAGAAGCGGCAGCUCUACGAGCCCCGUUGGAGCGACGAUAUGGCCAAGGCGUCGCCAACGGGGGCGGCGGCGGGAGGUGGGGGCCGGGGCGGCGGCCCCCGUGGCCGGGAGGCGCCCGCCAUGUCACGGAGCUUGUCCCGCUCCGAGCACUCGCUGCUGUCGCCGCGCCCCUCCGGCCCCGCCAAGCCGCCGCCCGCCGGCAAGCCCAGCCGCAUUCCCCGCGGGCCCUACGCGGAGGUGAAGCCCCUCAGCAAGGCCCCCGAGGCGGGCGGGGGCGGCGGCGGCAAGUGCGACGAUGAGCUGCUGGGCGGGAAGGGGCCGACGGUGGCGGCGGGCACCGAGGAGAAGCCCUACCUGAAGGUGGACCCCGAGCUGGUGGUGACGGUGCUGGGCGACCUGGAGCAGCUGCUCUUCAGCCAGAUGCUGGACCCUGAGUCCCAGAGGAAGAGGACGGUGCAGAAUGUGCUGGACCUUCGGCAGAACCUGGAGGAGACCAUGUCCAGCCUGAGGGGCUCUCAGGUGUCUCACAGCUCUCUGGAGAUGACCUGCUACGACAGCGACGACGCCAACGCCCGCAGCGUCUCCAGCCUGUCCAACCGCUCCUCGCCGCUCUCCUGGCGCUAUGGGCAGUCGAGCCCGCGCCUGCAGGCGGGCGAUGCGCCCUCGGUGGGGGGCAGCUGCCGCUCCGAGGGCACCCCCAGCUGGUACAUGCACGGCGAGCGGGCACACUACUCGCACACCAUGCCCAUGCGCAGCCCCAGCAAGCUGAGCCACAUCUCCCGCCUGGAGCUGGUGGACUCGGACGACGUGGAGCUGAAGUCAGGCUACAUGAGCGACAGCGACCUGAUGGGCAAGACCCUGACAGAGGAUGAGGAUAUCACCACAGGCUGGGAUGAGAGCAGCUCCAUCAGCAGUGGCCUCAGUGAUGCCUCUGACAACCUCAGCUCGGAGGAGUUCAAUGCCAGCUCCUCGCUCAACUCCCUGCCCUCCACCCCCACUGCCUCACGACGGAACUCAGCCAUAGCGCUGCGCACAGACUCAGAGAAGCGCUCGCUGGUGGAGAGUGGCCUCAGCUGGUACUGUGAGGGCGAAGAGAAGGCGUCCAAGAAGCUGGACUACGACAGCAGCAGCCUAAAGAUGGAGCACAGCUCCUCCAAGUGGCGGCGAGAGCCCUCGGAUGGUGGUGAAGAGGGUACCAAGGGUGGCGAACUGAAGAAGCCUGUCAGCUUGGGCACCCCGGGCUCCCUCAAGAAGGGCAAGACCCCUCCGGUGGCUGUGACCUCCCCCAUCACCCAUACAGCUCAGAGCACCCUCAAAGUGGCAGCAGGCAAGCCUGAGACCAAAGCCACGGACAAGAGCAAGCUGUCUGUGAAGGGCACAGGCCUGCAGCGCUCCUCCUCCGACGCCGGCCGGGACCGCGCUGCCGACGCCAAGAAGCCACCGUCAGGCCUGACGCGGCCCUCGGCCUCCAGCUCCUUUGGCUAUAAGAAGCCAGCUCCUGCCACCGGCACCGCCACUGUCAUGCAGGCCGGGGGCUCGGCCACGCUCGGCAAGGUGCAGAAGAGCUCCGGCAUCCCUGUCAAGCCGGUGAGCGGGAGGAAAACCAGCCUGGACGUGUCCAACGCGCCCGAGCCUGGCUUCAUGGCCCCGGGGGCUCGCUCCAACAUCCAGUACCGCAGCCUGCCCCGGCCGGCCAAGUCCAGCUCCAUGAGCGUGACUGGCGGCCGCGGCGCCACCCGCCCGGUCAGCAGCAGCAUUGACCCCAGCCUGCUGAGCACCAAGCAGGGCGGCAUCUCGGUGUCGCGGCUCAAGGAGCCGUCCAAGGUGGGCGCUGGCCGUGGUGCGCCGGCCCCGGUCAACCAGACCGAUCGGGAGAAGGAGAAGGCCAAGGCCAAGGCGGUGGCGCUGGACUCCGAGUGCAGCACGAUGAAGAGUGUGAGCUCGCCCGAGAGCACCCCAAAGGCCCAGGCCAACCUCCCGCCAGCGGCUAAGGUGGCCGAGCUGCCCCCCACGCCCCUCAGAGCGGCUGCCAAGACCUAUGUGAAGCCUCCCUCCUUAGCCAACUUGGACAAGGUCAACUCCAACAGCCUGGACUUGCCCUCCUCCAGCGAGCUGCACACCCCACACACUGCCAAGCUCCAGGACCUGCACCCAACAGGCGGGCACCUUGCACCCUGCUUCAGCCCCAGCCCUGCCCCCAUCCUCAACAUCAACUCGGCCAGCUUCUCCCAGGGCCUGGAGCUCAUGGGUGGCUUCAGUGUCCCCAAAGAGGGCAGGAUGUACCCCAAGCUCUCCGGCCUACACCGCAGCAUGGAGUCCCUGCAGAUGCCCAUGAGCCUGCCCAGUGCCUUUUCAGGGGGCAGCACCACCACCCCCACCCCUGCUGCUGCACCCUCCACCAGCACAGAGGAGGAAGAGGAGGAGGCAGGGGAGCUGGGCUGGAGCGGGAGCCCCCGGCUCUCGCAUCUGGACAGUGCCAACCGCGACAGGAACACGUUGCCCAAGAAAGGGUUGAGGUACCAGCUCCACUCCCAGGAGGAGGCCAAGGAGCGGCGCCAUUCGCACGCCAUGGGCAGUGGGCUCCCCGAGUCGGACGACCAGACGGAGCUGCCCUCGCCCCCUGCCCUCCCCAUGGCGCUGGUUGGGAAGGGUCCUCUCACCAGCAUCGUGAGCCCCACUGCCAGCACAGCCCCGCGGAUCACCCGCUCCAACAGCAUCCCCACCCACGACUCCACCUUCGAGCUGUACAGCACCUCCCAGAUGGGCAGCACCCUCUCCCUGGCCGACAAGUCCAAGGGCAUGAUCCGCUCGGGCUCCUUCCGGGACCCUGUGGAUGAUGUUCACGGAUCGGUUCUGUCCCUGGCCUCCAGCGCCUCCUCCACCUACUCCUCCGCUGAGGAGAAGAUGCAGUCUGAGCAAAUCCGCAAGCUACGCCGCGAGCUGGAGUCCUCGCAGGAGAAGGUGGCCACGCUGACCUCGCAGCUCUCUGCCAACGCCAACCUGGUGGCAGCUUUCGAGCAGAGCCUGGUGAGCAUGACGUCCCGCCUGCGGCACCUGGCCGAGACCGCCGAGGAGAAGGACACAGAGCUGCUGGACCUGCGAGAGACCAUUGACUUCCUGAAGAAGAAGAACUCUGAGGCCCAAGCUGUGAUCCAGGGUGCCCUGAAUGGCACUGAAGUCACCCCCAAAGAGCUGCGCAUCAAGCGGCAGAACUCCUCUGACAGCAUCUCCAGCCUCAACAGCGUCACCAGCCACUCCAGCGUCGGCAGCAGCAAGGACGCCGACGCCAAGAAGAAGAAGAAGAAGAGCUGGCUACGCAGCUCCUUCAACAAGGCCUUCAGCAUCAAGAAGGGACCCAAAUCGGCCUCGUCCUACUCUGACAUCGAGGAGAUCGCCACGCCGGACUCGUCGGCCCCCUCCUCCCCCAAGCUGCAGCACGGCUCCACGGAGACUGCCUCGCCCUCCAUCAAAUCCUCCACCUCCUCCUCCGUGGGCAUUGACACCACUGAGCUUUUCCAGGCUCACAGUGAGGGCGAGCCGGAGAAGAAGGAGGUGUCGGAGCUGCGGUCAGAGCUGUGGGAGAAGGAGAUGAAGCUGACAGACAUCCGCCUGGAGGCCCUCAACUCUGCCCACCAGCUGGAGCAGCUGCGGGAGACCAUGCACAACAUGCAGCUGGAGGUGGAUCUCUUGAAGGCUGAGAACGACCGACUGAAAGUGGCUCCAGGGCCCUCGGCGGUGCCAGGCUCUGUUCCUGGCCACAUCACGAGCACGUCAGCCUCCUCUUCACCGCGGCGCUCCCUGGGCCUCAGCCUUGGCCAUGCCUUCAGCCCCAGCCUGGGGGACGCAGAUGUGUCCCCCAUGGACGCUGUCAGCGCUGGCGCCCAGAAGGAGGAGCUGACGCUGCGGAUCGUGGUGCGUAUGCCCCCGCAGCACAUCAUCAAGGGGGACCUCAAGCAGCAGGAGUUCUUCUUGGGCUGGACCAAGGUGAGCGGGAAAGUGGACUGGAAGGUGUUGGACGAGGCUGUCUGCCAGGUCUUCAAGGAUUACAUCACUAAGAUGGAUCCUGCUUCCACACUGGGACUCAGCACUGAGUCUGUCUAUGGCUACAGCAUCAGCCACAUCAAACGAGUGCUGGACACGGAGCCUCCGGAGCUGCCGCUGUGCCGCCGGGGCCUGACCAGCAUCGUUGUGACACUCAAAGGCUUGAAGGAGAAGUGUGUGGACAGCCUGGUGUUCGAAACGCUCAUCCCCAAGCCCAUGAUGCAGCACUACAUCAGCCUGCUGCUGAAGCAUCGCCGCCUCAUCCUCUCGGGCCCCAGCGGCACCGGCAAGACCUACCUGACCAACCGCCUGGCGGAGUACCUGGUGGAGCGCUCGGGACGGGACGUCACCGAGGGCAUCGUCAGCACCUUCAACAUGCACCAACAGUCCUGCAAGGACCUGCAGCUGUACCUCUCCAACCUGGCCAACCAGAUCGACCGGGAGACGGGCACGGCCGACGUGCCGCUGGUGAUCCUGCUGGAUGACCUCAGCGAGGCAGGCUCCAUCAGCGAGCUCGUCAACGGUGCCCUCACCUGCAAGUACCACAAAUGCCCCUACAUCAUUGGAACCACCAAUCAGCCUGUGAAGAUGACUCCAAACCAUGGCCUCCAUCUCAGCUUCAGGAUGUUGACCUUCUCCAACAACGUGGAGCCAGCCAAUGGCUUCCUGGUGCGCUACCUGCGGCGGAAGCUGCUGGAGUCGGACACAGACGUCAAUGCCAACAAGGAGGAGCUGCUGCGUGUGCUGGACUGGGUGCCCAAGCUCUGGUACCACUUGCACACCUUCCUGGAGAAACACAGCACCUCUGACUUCCUCAUCGGUCCCUGCUUCUUCCUGUCCUGUCCCAUUGGCAUCGAGGACUUCCGGACCUGGUUCAUCGACCUGUGGAACAACUCCAUCAUCCCUUACCUGCAGGAGGGGGCAAAAGAUGGCCUCAAGGUCCAUGGGCAGAAGGCAGCCUGGGAGGACCCUGUGGAGUGGGUGCGGGACACCCUGCCCUGGCCAUCAGCACAGCAGGACCAGUCCAAGCUGUACCACCUGCCGCCACCCACCAUCGGACCCCACAGCACCGUUUCCCCCCCUGAGGAGCACAGUGUCAAAGACACCACCCCCAGCUCCCUGGACGCAGACCCUCUGAUGGCCAUGCUGCUGAAGCUCCAGGAAGCUGCCAACUACAUCGAGUCUCCAGACCGCGAGACCAUGGUGGAUCCUGACCUGCAGUCGACUCUGUGAGGCUCGGACAUGCCGGCCCGGGGGAGGGGGGCAGCUGCCAGCCACGCUCCCGCCGGGCUGCUGCCCUCCUCCUUGGGCACCCUGGAGCAGGGCUGGCGAGCAGAGAGGGGCAGGGCUCUGGCGGAGCGUGGGGAGCUCGGCUCACAGCGGGGAGACUGCGAGGUGCCUUCUCCCCUCCCCGCCCCGGGGGCAGGAGAAUCCUGGUGCCCCUUCUUGGUUUUUUCUGUCUCUUACUGCCACCCUCGGGCUCUGGCGCCAGGGUCCUGAUGUGGCUCAGCCGCCCCCCGCACACUGCAGGAAGGCUCCUGCGUGGGGCAGGGACCCCGCAGGAGCCACCUGGGCCAGAGCUGGGGAGCAGGGGGAGCAUGUGGCUGCAGCAGGAGCAGGAGGGCGUGAGGGUCUCCAUCUCCCUCCCCCCAGCCAGGCACAGCCGAGGGAGGGGUGCUGUGGGACGUGCCCACCUCGUGCCAGCCCCCCCUGCCCGGCAGCCCUGCCACCAGGACAGCCCAAUAAACCCUGCUUUGGUUCUUUUA